UCACCAAAUCCCCCAUACCACAAAACCUCUCUCUCUCUCUCUCUUUCUCACACACAAACACACUUGGGUAGUUUGGCAGCAUGUUGAGGUCCUUGCCACCACUAACUUUGGGGAGAGUAGUAGGUGAAGUAGUGGAUGAUUUCACCCCAAGUGUGAAAUUGAAUAUUACUUACAACUCCAACAACCAGGUGUGUAAUGGGGUGGAGUUAAUGCCUUCUGCCAUUAUUUCAAGGCCUCGAGUAGAGAUAGACGGCGAGGAUAUGAGGACUUUCUACACUCUUGUGAUGACAGACCCAGAUGCUCCAGGCCCUAGUGAUCCAUACCUAAGAGAGCAUCUUCACUGGAUUGUUACAGACAUUCCAGGUACAACAGAUGCUUCCUUUGGGAAAGAAAUGGUGGAGUAUGAGAUACCGAAGCCUAUUAUAGGAAUCCAUAGGUAUGCAUUUAUUCUGUUUAAGCAGAAGAGGAGACAAACAGUUCAGGCACCAGCAUUCAGAGAUCAUUUCAGCACUAGAAAGUUCUCAGAAGCAAACGAUCUGGGCCUUCCAGUUGCUGCAAUCUACUUCAAUGCACAGAGAGAAACUGCAGCAAGAAGAAGAUGAUCAUAUGAAACAAAAGUCAUAGAGAGAGAGAGAGAGAGAGAG